ACAGGAAACAUCACAAUCAGUUAAUGAUGGAUGAGAAAGAGGAGGCUCUGGUGCCCGAAUCUGACAUCAAGGACGAGCCACGCCCCGAGGAAGAGGAGGGUGAAGACUCAGUAGAUGCGAAACCUGACAGAAGCCAGAGAUUCUCCAUUUUCAGCAGCACCAAGAAGAAAAAGGUAGAAGACAAGCCCCCCAAAACAAACAACAAUGUGCGGAUUGUUACCCCGGCUUUCCAGUACAAGAUGAAUAAUGGGAAUGUUGGCAGAUGCAUCAUAAUUAACAACAAGAUCUUUGACAAAAUCACAGGUAUGGGCGCUCGCAAUGGCACGGAUAUCGAUGCCCGAGAGCUACUCCGCUGCUUCAAGGGCCUUGGCUUUGACGUUAAUGUUUACAACAACAAGAGCUGCGAGGAGAUGGAGAACCUGCUACGUACCGUGGCUCAGCAAGACCACAAGGACAGCGCCUGUUUUGCCUGCAUAUUCCUGAGCCAUGGGGAAGAGGGGCUGAUCUAUGGCACAGACGGGGCAAUGCCCAUAAAAGUACUGACCACUUUAUUCCGUGGGGACAAUUGCAGAUCCCUUGUGGGGAAACCCAAACUGUUUUUCAUUCAGGCCUGCAGAGGGCAUGAAUUUGAUGAUGGGCUGGAAGCAGAUUCUGGGUCGGUGAAUGAUUCCCUGGAGACGGAUGCCAAUCCCAGGCACAAGAUUCCAGUGGAGGCAGAUUUUCUCUAUGCAUAUUCUACUGUGCCAGGAUAUUACUCUUGGCGGAAUCCUGGAAUGGGGUCUUGGUUUGUCCAAGCUCUUUGUAGUGUCCUUAAUGAAUACGGGAAAGAAUUGGAAGUCAUGCAGAUCCUGACCAGGGUCAAUUUCCUGGUGGCGACCCAGUUUGAAUCCUAUAGCGAUGACCCACAAUUCAGCAAGAAGAAGCAAAUCCCUUGCGUGGUCUCUAUGCUGACAAAGGAACUCUACUUUAAAUCCUGUUAACAUUCCGGGUCAACAGAAUUUCAUCUUAAAAAGGUUUACAGAACGGCCCUGGAUAACAGCCUCAGAUGGUUUAUGGUUAGAAAGUGAUAUGUUGCCUUUGAGAGAGUGUUAAUUGGUGAAUUGAUAUUUUGGGUUUGCGGAAUCCUGGCAUAGAACAAUAUGUUGUUACUUCUUGGCAUUGGGAAUCAAAAGGAAAUGAAAUAUAUUUAAUGGGCAAUUACACACACACUUAUUGAAAGCACAACCCGAGACAAUAUAUUUGUCUAAUCCAAGCUCCUAAAUUCUAAUUACACUGGCAGAACAAGGGAUUGAUAUUCAGAACAAAGAUUAUACUGUAUUUAGCAUCAUGGACCCCAUCCAAGUGCCGGCACAAAGCUUCUCCGUUCUCUAAAUUCAAAACAAAUUAGGAAACUAAGACUAGUGAAGUAUAGACGAUCAUGAGUUUCACCUCCAAACAGAAUGUCAUUCAUUAUACAGUUAUAUAUACAUUUUAUAAGGUUUGCUGUAAUCUCUAUAUAAAAUUGUUUCAUUUAUAA